CCACCCGGAUCCGUUCCUUCCGUCCUCCUCCCCCUCCACCCACCAACUCUCCCUCCCUCCCUCCGGAGGAGGAGGGAGCGCCACCCUUGCCUUGCCUUGCCGCCUCCUCCGCCCCGUCGCCGGCGCGCGCCGCCCGUGCCCGUCCACCGAGGUCACAGUCCUAACCGAAGUCGAGGCACUGUUCCGUAACCGGCAAGGGUGGUGCUCUGCUCAUAAGGAAUCAUUCUCAUUCCUCUUCUAUGCUGCCGGGCCCAGGACAAAUGGCCCAGCUGUUGCACCCUCAGGACUCUGGCUUUUAUGGAAGGAAGGAAGUGGGGGGCCGAUGGAGCUUUCUUGAGUUGUUUGGCCUUCGCCGGCGCCUACGGUCCACGAAGAAGAUGCUCUCUGACAAGAAACAUGGAAGUAGGCUUCGAGGUUGCUAUGUUCCAUUCAAGGACGAAGACAACGGUGUAACGGAUGAGCAGAAAGCUAUCAUAGAUGAGCACAGAAAGACUAAAGUUACGAAUAAACAGAAGGGUUCAAAAAAGAGUUCUGGUAAGUCGGGUCUGAAGUCAUUGUUUUCAAGAAAACUGCACGGAAAGGAAGAUCAGAAAGAGAAGAUGCUUCCUGUUGGACCAAAGCUGCUGCGCACCCUUUCGAUACAUUACUUGGAAAGCAAUGACUAUGUUCUUGAUGGCCAGUCAGCUGCCAAUGGUGAUGGUUCUUCAGACGGUGCUAAACUGUCCCUGCAAAAUGGCACCAGCACAAACUUGCAACAGGAUGCAUUCAGCAACCUGGAUGCUUCUGGCACCGACACGAGCCUUCCACGGCUCUCAGGUGGAAGCGAUGACCAUGUGAAGCGGAAGAGCCACCGUAGCAUCUCCAUGGAUGGGAUUCUUCAUAAGGUUCCCUAUGGGCAGAGGGUGUCUGGGGAUAACAUUAGACAAGAACUUCCUCGAUCAGCCUCUGCCACAUAUGACAGGGAUGGUCUGAAACUUUCUUACAUUGGCACUGCUGCAAGGAGACAGGGGAACAACGGGGGUUUUCGGCGUUCGCGCUCCCUGUCUGAAUCACUGGAGAGUUACUCCCACUUGCUGGAUUCCAUUUCAAGCAGUGAAUCCAAAAGGGUUCUCACAAGCUCGAAGUCCACUAGGGAUCACUCUUUGGAUGGCCCUGGUGCGGUAACUUCACUGCAGAGAACCUCCUAUUCUCAGCUCAGGUCAAAAAGUGUGGUCAGGCUUGCUGAAUUCCUUGUGAUUCCAGAAGACACCCUGGCACCAGAGGUUGCAGAGGAAAUUGUUGGAGAUGUGAAACUUGCUGUAGACAAGGGUUCUUGUAGUGAGGUUGCUGGUGGCUCUGAGAAUCCUGUGUCACUUGAAGAGUUAUUGAGCAACGAAAAGUGCGAUGUCGUGGAAUCGUCGACUGAAGCCGAUUUAUGCAUUGCUCCUUUAGCUUCUUCAGAGAUGGUUGAUGUUUCAGAAGGAGAAGCUGCAGCUUCUGAUGAUGAUCUGGAGGUUCUCUCAUCGACCCAAGCCAAGCCGCGUACCGACCCUUCAGCAUCUGAAGUUGACAUCCCAGAAGAACAUGCAACAAGUGGUGACAAUGAUCUUCUUCAGUCGCCAACAGAAGCUGAUCCAUGCAGUCUUCUCAGUCUUCUGCAAUCAGACGACGUCAACAUUGCAGAACAGCAAGUGACACCUAAUUCUGGUGAUCAAAUUCAGUCAUGUGCAACCGCUCAACCUUCAGAAGACAUCCACAUUACAGAAGAACAUGCAAUGAUUUCUGAAGGCAACCAGAUUCAGUCAUUUGAUGCUCUGAAAUCAGUCAAAGGUACUUGCUGUGUUCCUGACCCCAAUAAAGAUACUGAAGAUGAGUUAAAUUUAUGCUGUGAACAAGAAACUGAAAGUCCAACCUCUGUUCUGGAUGUGGCCUUCUCAGACCAUCCUGCUGCUACUACAGAGAAGAACCACACAAUGCUGGAUGAUUCAUUGCCGGUGGAAGAAACUGUUCAUUCAAGUGAAUCGCCUGAUCAUUCAGUUGGCAAUGGUGAUGAUCUGGAGUCUAGCACUUGUGUCAAACCACCAACUAGCAGCUCGUCAACUCUGGAUAACGUACUUCAGGAGAACAACCUCAGCGACCUGAGCGCUCUCCAAGAAGAAGCAGCAGCAGACCCGAAGAACGAGGCCGAGCUGGUCUACGUGAAGGACAUAUUCGACAAGUCAAGCUUCCGCGACGAGGCGCUGUUCGACGGGUGGUGCUCGCAGAACCGCGCCGUGCUCCAGGAGGACGACUGCCAGCACUACGACGCCGCCGCGGCCGCCAUCGACUUCACCGACAUGUCGGCCGACGAGCUGCUCCUGUUCGACCUGACGAACGAGGCGCUGCUGGACGCGUACAAGGACUACGCCGCCGGCAUGUCCAGUCAGCCCCGCUUCUCGUCCUUCCAGCGGCCCAAGCCCGUCGGCGAGCGCGCCCUCAGGGAGCUGCGGUCCAGGGUGGGCCGCCGGCUCGACGAGCGGCCGCAGGCCGGCGUGGAGGUCGACGCCGUGCUGUCGAGCGACCUGGCCAAGGCGGAGCGCUGGAGCAACUUCCGGCGUGAGGCCGACCAGGUGGCGAUCCUGGUAGCGGACGCCGUGCUCGACAGGCUCGUCGCCGAGCUCGCGCUCCAGCUCGCGAAGUUUUGAGUCUUUUUGGUAGAUGGUUAGCCAUUCGUUUAUUCUGCCUGUCCCCUUUUUAUUGGUUAUUAGUUAAUUGAUUUAGCUGCUUGGUAUGAUGCAUAUAUACACCAUGGAAGUGGGAGGGUGUCACAUUACAAAUCACAAUACAUUCUCAUGUAGAUAUCAGAAACCAUUUUGGUUCUCUCCUCCUGGGAGAGGAGAGGAGGAGGAGAAUAGGGACAUGAGUCAGGAGAAUGUUGUUAGGUCAUCUUAGUGAUUUAUCUAGAUUCUAGACUAGUUGCUGAGAGUUGGUUGAGUGGACAUGGGAAGCAAUUGUUUUGUACUAGUGUCUGUUUUGAAUGUAUCUUACUUCAGGUAAGAAAAAUCUUGGAACAACAAAUUUGUCACUCAAAUUUCCAUGAGGAGAAUGCAAGCGAUAAUUGUUCUGGGUUGA